AUGUCUUCCGAGCAGAAGCAGGAGCAGCCAAAGUCCGUGGCGGACCAAUCCACUAAGCAGAACACCCUACCCUCGGACCUCCAGGUCACAACAGUUGAGACGAUCUCCAUCAAGCCCACAAAGCGAAGCAUUCAAGCCGUUCGCGAGGUAGAGCAUUUCAAAAGCGAAAACACCGUUGUUCGUAUUUCCCCCUUCUUUAUCUCUUACGAAACGGCUAAUACUGAUUCAUUUGUAUUUUGUAAGGACACCUCAGUUAUGGUACCUGAGAGUUUGAUGCCUGGUGAAGAAGAAGAGGUUGUAUUAGACAGUUUCUAA